AUGGGAAGGCGGAAAAGUUCGCGUAAGCCGCCACCGAAGGCAAAAAUUAUUGAACCACUGCCUAAGCAGUUUAACUGUCCUUUCUGCAAUCACGAACGAUCAUGUGAAGUGGAAAUUGAUAGAGAUAAGGGCACUGGCUACGUGAAGUGUAGAAUUUGUCUAGAAGACUAUCAGACUUCCGUUAACUAUCUUAGCCAGGAAAUCGACGUUUACAACGACUGGAUUGAUGAGUGUGAAAUUGCUAAUGCUUGA